CGUCAUCCUCGUUUUGUGAAAACAAGAUGAUAAUGGCAGCUGAUUGUUGUUCUCGCCCUCAGAGCUGGAAUUGUGAUUGUGCUUUAAUUAAUGAUAUAUCUUCCAAAUGAGAAAUUCUGUAGUUUAUAUAUUCCAUUCAAAAAUGAGUUGACAGUAUGAAGAAAUCUUACAUGCCGAUCUCGGAUGUUAAAAAUGAAAGCCUUGACUUGACCAAGCGCUUAUACAGAUCCAUUGGGGAUGUGGUGCGAACUCUCGAUGAUCAGAGGCAGAAGGCCAAUUCCAUCUCCGAUCUGUUCACACAGACAGCGGAAGCCCAACGGAUGAAACUGAGGGAGUAUUGUGAACGAUUGAUGUUUUUCGAUCCAGUCGGCUUUGGUCGGAAAGGGGAGGAGCUUCUCUGGAGGAAGGGAUACUACGAGGUUGUUACCACCGCCAAGAGAUUACACAAGGGUCCACUGUGGAAACCGCUGGAAGUGAGUUACCUGCGCAGUCACCUACAGGCUGGUAUUGGCCACUAUCACCACCUGCUGUUGCGACUCCAGAUAGACUUCAGGAUGGACCUCAGGGGAAUCGUUGAUUUUCCAUACCUCGUGGCUGAUAUAGGACUUAAAAAAGGAAAGAGCAGUUCGACCAGCAAAGAGAAGCCGCUGGACAGUGGUGCCGUAGACUGGGCCAACUUGGCCGUACAUCGCUGCCUGAUAUAUCUGGGAGACCUGGGCAGAUACCUGGCUGACCUGUGUCCUGGCUACCACACCGACCUGCCUGCUAGAUACUACCACCAGGCCCUGUACUGGAAGCCUGACUGUGGAAUGCCUCAUAAUCAACUGGGCACUCUGGUAGGAAACUACAACUUCUUCUUAGACUCUGCAUAUCACUAUAUGCGAUGUCUGAUGAGUUCUCAGUCGUUCGAGGGCACUGAGAGCAAUCUGGCCGGGGUUUUAGAACGUAGCUGGAAGCAUUUUGAGAGCACCCUGACUCCCUCCCCCCUCCACCACCUCAUAUCCAAGUUUCUCAACAUUGUUGACUUUUGCUACUUCGACAAACAACCACCCGAAUGUUUUCCCCAGCUCUGCCAUGAGGCCAUAGAUCGGCUCAACUCGUACCAGGAGAUGCUGCAGACUGUAACCUUGACAAACGGAGAAGAAGCCAAUGACCAGCCUGGUCAGCUGACAGAUGACAUACUUUUCAAGCUGACUCUUGUUUCUCUUAUGUGCACCCAACAACUUCAGAACAAAGGGUCUGACCAGAUGAACAUCGUGCUAGCGAUAACGCUGGCGAUGAUGAACUACUUGAUAGUGAAGGUGGUGGAGCGGCUGGAGGAGGUGCUGCCGCCACCCCAGGCACCUCCCCUGCCAGCGACCAAUGGCCACAGUAAGCGCCGCAGACGACGCAGGCGCAGGCGGGACAGUUCAGAGCUAUCGUCUGACAUGAGCGAUGGGGAAGUGGUGGCACUGACCUCGGACUCUGAGCUCAGUGAAGAGGAGCUGGUGUUUGACGCUCAGUCGUCCGACUCGGACAGUGAGUGUGACGAGAACGAGCAACAGGAGGAGGCUGAGGUAGUGGAUCCACGCAAACUGCAGUUAGGGGAGACCCCUGCGGUGGCCAAGAGUACAGUGCUUGACCACAUUGAACAACUCUGCCAGAACGGUUUCCUUCUUCAGACCAUAAAGGUGUGCCUGGACUGGCUCCUGACCAAUGUGGAGGUUCUGAGGGCCUGUGCCCAGAGUGCCAAGCCGAUGUUGGGCCGAACUGCACACUUUUUGAACCAUCUGACUCAAGUCCCAUUGCCACCCCCGGCCAGUGAACAGCCUGAUGUCAUUAACAAUGGUAUAUUGGAGAACGAACGCACCCCCCUUGUGGAGGAAGUGAGUGUACGAGGACUAGUGGCUCUGAAACCAGCAUAUCAGCAUAUAGAGUGGACUCAGCUUAAGUCAAAAUGUCUCACCCCAAGACAAGAGGCCUAUAUCAGAGUAUGUAAGCUGGUCCAGCUGGGAAAACGUCUGGCCAGCUCUGGAGGUUCAGAAAUAACAUACGACCAGACCAGAAAAUGGUUCCAGCUCAAUGCUUCAGAGCCACCCCCAGAAUGCAAUGUGCAGCCCGAAAAUGACAUCAAGACAAAGAAGAACAAGCUGAUGAGCCAGCUGUGGCUGAAGGACGAGGUGCAGAAACUGGAGUCCAAGAUCCGCCACACAUCUCCUCUCCCCCCCUAUCUUGUGCUAGACUGUGAUGCUCUUACCUACCACAUCACUCUCGUCAAACAACUUGUCCACUCCAAGAAGUUCAUCAUUCUGGUACCAUCUAUUGUGGUGUCAUCCUUGGAUGAGCAGAAGCGAGUGAGCCGACGGGCUCGAGACACGAUCCGGUGGCUAGAGGCUCAGUUCCGUCAGGGCAACCGGUUCCUGAGAGCUCAGCGAGCUAACGAACACCUAGCCUUGCCACUCAUCAAGUACCCUAAGAAGAAAGAUAAAGAAGCAUGGAUGUUUUUUCAAGUGGCGGAAUGCUGCCACUACCUGAGCCAGCAGAGUGGCACACGGCCACAGAAAGACAGUCUGGUCACUCUUCUGACUGGCAGCCGCUCUCUGCUCUCUCCUAGUGCCAACAAUGGCUUCAGUCCCCUCGGUAUCGCCAACACUGCAGGAAUCAGCAUUGAACACAUAGAGACAUUCCACAGCAAGUGGAAGACCUCAAGCAAGAGUCACGGUUGAGCGAAGCCUGGCCUCUGUCGAGGCGACGGACAACAGACCACGGUGUGACACGUGACGAGCGGGCCCUCAGAGAUCAGCUGCUGCUUGUAACACCUUUAUUUUACUGUCUUGUAAAAUAAACAUCCCGUGCUGACCCUGCCUCCCCUCCCCUCAUAGUAACAUACAAUAUAGAAUAGUAUAUGUUUACUCUCUGAUCGUCCCACAAGGUGCGCUGUGAGGAAACACCACCACAGUCCACACGAGAAACUCAUCUUUUUUUGAAGUUAUCGAUCGUUGACCGUAAAAUAUCUUGUCACGACGACCUCUUCAGUGUAUUUUGUUCUGUUAAAAUUUCUCACUGAAAAUUGUUUUUUCAAGUCGUAUUCGUUCACCAGAAAUAAAGAAAGCAAUGGAUGUUGUAAUGUCUGUGUUAAGCAGUGUUUAGCUUAAAGUAAAUCUUUUAUGAGCCAUUACAUUGUCAUUAUUUCUACUUCAUCUUAAGUUUUGGAAAUUCGUACGCCUUUACUACGUUUUUCAAUGCGAAUCUAUUUAUAACCUAUUAAUUUUAUGUUAGGUUUACCCACACUACUAUUGGGGUUUCAGUUAUUUCUUAAACAGUUUAUCUUAAUUUGUAAUUUAUUCUCAUCAUUUCCUUGGUGCAGGCUAGAGUAACAGUUUCUCCUGAGCUCUUAGAUCCAUGUUGGAUUUUUUUUAUCUUCAAGAACCAAAUUAUUUUUUUCCGUGUUAUCGAAAUAACCGUAUUGGAAAGUAAUCACUCAUCUGAAAAUUUUAUUUCUGUCAAGUAAAUAUUUUUAAAAUAAAAAUGUUAGAAUAAGGCUUGAUUUUUAACAGAAAAGAAUCGUGUUUCAACAGACUUCAAAUAGUCAUUCUAUAAAAUUUAAAUAUUUAAACAGAGUAAAUUAAUAAUAAGGAAACCUGAAGAAUUUAAGGCAAUUUCCAUACAAUUCUAGGAUUUUAAAAUUACAAAUGGCUGAAAUAAAUGAUAAGCUGUAGUAAAACGCUUUUGUAUUUAUCAUGUAUGGAUGGACAAAAUAUAUCGGUUGAUUUUUUAAAAAUUUGCUGGGUUCUAUGUUGACUAAUUCUUACUUUUAUAUUAAAAAUUUUCUAGUUGGGUUAGUUUUAAUAAACAAAUGGUUGGUUACGUCAGUUCAGUGUUGCCAAUCCUCGAAUAGUUCACCUCCCUUAAGAAAAGUAUGAACUAAAUAACUGCUGUAAAAGGCUAAAUUAUUAUUAAAUAAUAAUAUUUUAUUGCUUGAUCAAAAUUCACAAUCAUACAUGAUAAUACUUUGUAAUGCUUACUAUGUAUGAAAAACAAUUACUUGACAAUAAAUUCCCAAAACAAUGUUGUUCUAAAGACACACACACCAUCGUUACAUUCCACCUUGCAGCGAAUUAGUGUACAGAACAUUUCUUAAACCCGUUUUCUUGAAAAUUGCCCAAGGAUGUUUACACUUACUAGUUUAGUAACAAAAUAAAGCUCAAUAUCAAUGUAACCAUUUUACAUUUUAGGAAAUGUUAUGGGUUCUUCAGUACCAUCUGAGAACCACCCUGUACAAAAAUAUGUAAUUGAUCUAGGAAACACUGUCAACAUAAUUUAUCUAAUAACAUGUAUUCUUUUUAUUUUGGUGAGGUAUUUAUACUUUUCACAUUUCAGUUCUUGAUUUGAAUAGUGAUGUUUGAUUUUCCCUGUUAGUUCAUUUCUUGUAAUCAGUGAAACCAAGAAGAACAUGUAUACAUUAUUAUUAUGAAUAGUUUGAAUUCUUUUUAAUUUCAGUAGUUUCAAACCACAACUCAGUGUAAUAUUUUUAAAUCUUUUUCAAUAUUUUUUUUUUAUUAUUUCAAUAAGAAAAUGCACAACAUUAUUUGUUUAAGGUUAGGUACUCUACUAAAUAGCACAAUUUUCAUAUUGUCGCCUUAAAUUAGAAAUGUUUUGUGAUUGAAAAUAAUGUUUAAAGAAAUUAUUUAAAUUAUUUAUUGGUACGUGCUGUAAACAAUCAAACAAGUUUUGCUAAAAAAAUGUUUGUGUUAAAAAAAUUAACUUUUGUAAUUGACAUUUUUUAAUAUUAAUAAAGAAUAUCAGUUCUUAAUAGUAAAUGAUGGCCUUAUGUACAAACUUUGUUUUUCAAGCAUUUUCUAGUCUUGUAAUUUGAAUAUGUUAGCAGGCAUAUGCAGGUUAUAUGAAUCGCUAAAGUUAAACAAAUAGUAAAUCAUGGCGAAGAAGAACUUAGAUAUUCCAUUACCAAACUUUGGAAGCAAAAUUAUUUACAAUUUUAAAUUGUAAAACUGUUAGUUAUAAUGGCAAAUGCUUAAUUUGUUCCAAAUCACUAGUUUAUUUACAUACCUUUUAACUUAAGUACAACUACUUAGAGGUAUAGAAAGGUGUUAUGGUCGUGGAGGAGCUUAUAACAACGGUGCCAUAGUAAUGAGAGUGUUUAUUUCACGGCUCAGUGCUUCAUUGUAAACCAGAACUUAACUACAUGGAUGGGUUAUCUAGUUCUCAGCCAAUUAAUUAUAGAAGUUAAUGUUUAGAACUAUUCUGUAAUAUUUAUGUUACAGUAUAAACAAUUGUGUUGACGUAUACAUAUAUUAUGAAAUUGUAACGUAUGGCCAGUAAAUGUUGACAAACAGAUUAAUUCAAUACAACAGCGAGUUCUGUACUAAUAGUUGAUGAGGAUUCAAAUAAGUGUGAAAUGUCUGUGGGGAUGAUCAAUUUACUGUAAUGCAUUAAUAACAGAUAUUUUUACAGUACUUUGGUUCUGUUAAAAAAACCACAAUGAAUUAAUAUUGGGUUAAAAUGUUAUAUUUUAAAAUAAAAAAACAUAUUUACACAGGAGAACUACAUUAAACAGAAUAUUAGUGGUGUAGACUAGAGCCCCGCUGCUAGUGAUGGGUUAAGUUCCCUACAAUAGUAUAUAUGGUACUAAGGCCAUGUAACAGACGUUCCGCUCAUCUUAAUGUCCAACAUGGGUGUUUUAUAGAUUAACAUCAAAAACAGAGAAACUUUAUUAUAUAUCAGCUUUCACCCUCUUUGUAUUUGUUUAGUGUUAAAUAAAGUCUAAUUGCUAACAUAAAA